GAUGCGGUGGUGGUCGGGAGGCUGAUGGCCGAGCAGCAGCUGUUGCAGCAACACCAACAACAACAACAACAUACACAACAUCAACACCAGCAACAGCAGCAUCCAUCAGUGGACGAUGAACAAGAACAACAAGAAGAACAACAACACAAAAGCCAACAACAGGAGCAGCAUCCCCAACAAGAUGUGGAUCCACAACAUCAGAGGGUGGCACAGGAACAGGAACAGGAACAAGAACAGCCAAGGGAUGUGGAAAUGAUGCAUCAAAAGCAGGCAGAUGAUGGUGAAGACACACAAAAAGAACAACAACCUCUACAGCAGCACCAUCACACGGAUCAACAAUUGGAGACGGAUAUGGAACUAGAUCCGGACCUAGACUUUGAACAGGAUGAUAUGGAGGACAUGGAAUACGAGGAUGAAGAAGAUGUCGAAGUCGAUGUGGAUGUUGAUGUCGAUGUCGAUGUCGAUGAAGAGGUGGUGGGCAACGACAACGAGGAGGAGUUUGAGGAAGAGGAUGAGGAUGAAGACACAGAUGAUGGCACCAUUGUCGAGGACAGUGAUGCCACCAGUUGCAGCAGUUGUCGUCGCGCCGAAUUGGAGGAGCUGCAGCAGCUUCAACAACAACAGCAGGAGGAGGAGGAGCUACUUCAACAACAACAACAACAACAACAACAGCAGCAGCAGGAACUGGGGCAAGUGGCAGCGGUACCUGCUGCUGUGGCUCCACCUCCUGUUGCACCUGAUCAGGAGGACGACGACGACGACGACGACGAAGAGGAAGAAGAACACGAAGACGAGGAUCUGGAUGUGGAUGUCGAUGUCGAGCUGCCAUCAGAACACGGUGCCUAGGAUCCUCCACAACACUUAUGGUUCCAUAUACGCAAAUCAAUCUCCAAAACGCACACACACACACACACACACACACUCCACAGCAGAAUGUUCGUCCGUGUGUGGCAUGGUGCAAAUGAACGAAAUACCCAAAAUUUGUUGCUUUGGUAUUUCGAUCAUUGAUUGAUCCACACGAAUCACAGACACAGAGACACAAGCAUCCAAAAUUUUGGAAAAAAUAACUUUUUGCAAAACACACACGAAUACACACACCCAAAAUACACCGCUAGAUAGAUCCGAUUAUAUAUUUAUUAUAGAUGAAGAUCGUAGUAGGACCAACGCCGUUUUAUCAUCAUUCCCCCAUCCGGCAACAACCACCAACACGAUACAUAUACACACACACACACACACACACACACGUGAAUUUCGCCCUAUUAUUAUGUAUUUGAGAAUUGUUUUAUUGAUUGAUCGAUUGAUAUGUUGUAUACAUAAAUGCAAACACUCACACACACACGCAGACUGAUCGAUUGAUAUGUUGUAUACAUAAAUGCAAACACUCACACACACACACUCAGAUUGAUUGAUUGAUAUGUUGUAUACAUAAAUGCAAACACUCACACACACACUCAGAUUGAUUGAUAUGAUUGUACACACACAACAAAAAAACAAAACAAAAAAUAAUUAUUGAAUUUGUUCUGUUUUGAAGACAUUAAAAUGAUUUGCAUAAACCUCCAAUCACGAUUAAAAAUGAUGUUAAACUUGAAUGAAACAAAA